AUGUACACUCCAGCUAUAGCUCGUUCAAUAUUUUCGAAUCAUUUUCGAAAAGUUUGGUUUGAUACAUCGGAAAUCGGAAUUCCGACCCACCUCUGGUACAUUGACAUUCUAUCCAGUAUCGAUAUAAAAAAUGCCGUUAACAAAAAAUAGAAAACUUUCGAUUGGUAUUGUAAAGCUUGAAAGAGGCUGAA